GUCGAACGGGAAAAAUACCAACUCCUCCGUUGCUAUUCCAGUGUGCGUAAACCUAUCUAUCGUCUACCUCGUAUAAAUACUGUACACCUACGUUUCACACUUAAAUAUUAUCCACCGCACAACCAUGAGCCAACAAAAGGCCGUCGUCGUUCUAUUAUUGAAUGUAUUUUUAACAUCAUUCGUCUGCGCCCAAUAUGGUAGUCCUGCUGGCAAUAGCAAUCCCGGAUACGGUGGUACAGGUACCAGUGUACCAUCAGGAGAUUAUGGACACAAAGGCCAAAAUCCCGUCGGAGGACCUAGUGGAUCAGAUGGAAAUUCAGAACCCGAGCCGUUCAACUUUGCUUACCAAGUAAAAGAUGCACCCACCAAUACAGACUUCAAGCACGAAGCCAACAGUGACGGCAAACGAGUGACCGGAGCGUACAGCGUACUUCUUCCUGAUGGUCGUAAUCAAGUAGUGACAUAUGUUGCCGACGAAAAUGGUUACAACGCCAAGAUCAACUAUGAAGGAGAAGCAAAACCACAACCAUCUCAACCAGGCAGCCAAGGAGGUUAUCCGUCCGCACCAGGUUUCCCUUCUGCUGCUCCUAGUUAUCCUUCCGCUGCCCCUGGUUAUCCUUCUGCGGCCGCCCCUGGAUAUCCUUCUGCAGCUGCCCCUGGUUAUCCUUCUUCAGCAUCUGGUUUUCCUUCUUCAGCUCCAGGUGGUUACCCAUCGUCUGCCCCGAGUUAUCCUUCAUCAGCGCCGGGUUUCCCAUCGUCUGCCCCGAGUUACCCGACCGGCGUUAAAGGAUCUUACGCCGCACCUCAACCCAAAAACGGAGGAUAUUAAUUAAUAACUCUGUAACGUUUGUUUAAUUGAUUAAUUUUUAAUAUUUUAAGCGAUUUUUUCGCCCUUGUACUUAAUUAUGUAUUUUAUUUUUUAUUUUUCAAAAACAGUCAAAAUAAGCUAUAAAUUGGUCAUUGACCAAAUUGUAACAAAUAUUACGUACAACAAAAUAUUCAUAAAUGUAUACCUACCGUAUUUUGACUAAAAAUAGUUAGUUAAUUUAAAUUAUUUUAUUAUUUUAUAACUAAUAAACAUAUUGUUUUUUUUUAUAAAA